AUUCUCAAGAGGGAACACCGGCGCUCCAAGAUACGCAAUUUCAACUGGGAGACCCUCCCUAAACACAGUGUGAUAGGAAGGCACAACAUAUGGACAUCUGAUAAGAUUGAUGGGGAAUAUGAGCUGGACACCGACCACAUAGAGGAGCUGUUCAGUCAGAAGCAGCAGCAGCAAAAACUCAGGGCCCAGAAUCACCAGCAAACACCAUCUGCUGCCUCCGGAGAAGUAGUUUCUAUCCUGAGCUCCAAGAGGAGCAUGAACAUGGGAAUUUUCUUGAAACAAUUCAAAAAGCCUGUAGAAGACAUGAUUGAAGAAAUCAAAUCAGGAAAUAACCUGUGUUUUGGUUCGGGAAAACUGAGAGAGCUGUGCAAGAUGCUACCAGAUGAAGUUGAGGUGAAGCAGCUGGUCAAUUUUAAGGGAGACCACUUUGCCCUCCCUGAAGCAGAUCUCUUCAUGUUCAUGCUUGUCAAGAUUCCCUGCUACGAGGUACGGCUCAGAAGUUUGGUUCUGAAAGAUGAAUUUUUCUCCCUCAUGGAUGAAAUUAAAUCAUUCAUUGGUACUUUGACUGCUGCUGGAAAGGAGCUCCUGGAGUCUGAGCAUCUGCAUUCUGUCAUCCGUCUGGUGUUGAAAACUGGAAAUUACAUGAAUGCAGGCAGCUAUGCUGGUACUGCCAUUGGCUUCAGAAUGGCUUCUCUGUUGAAGUUAGCAGACACCAAAGCAAACAAACCUGGAAUGAACCUUAUGCAUUAUGUAGUGAUUCAAGCUGAGAAGGCAGACAUGGAGCUCCUUAAAUUUCCAGAUCAACUCAAAAACAUUGAAGCUGCUGCCAGAAUAAACAAAGGUGACAUUGAAGCAGAGUUUCAAAAGCAGGUCAAAAAGGUGGAAGAUGCCAAGGUGGACACCUUACAGCAGGAGGACCUGAAGGCACAGAUGGACGGCUUUCUCAAUGAAGCCGAGCUCUGCUUAGAAGAAAUGAAGACUGACUUCCAGGAACUGCAGUCUGUGAGUGACUCUGUAGCCGAGUACUUUUGCGAAGACCCUAACAAGUUCAAACUGGAGGAAUGUUGUUCCAUCUUCAGUUCCUUUUGUCAAAGAUUUCUUCGGGCCGUGCAGGAAAACAAGUCUCGAGAGGUGGCAGAUGUGAAGCGCCGACACAGAGAGAGAUUACAGAAGGCUGUCAAACGCAGGUCCAUAGCCACCUGCUCCAGUAAGGAAGUGGAAGGUGCUGCAUUAGAGACUAUACUUCAAAACUUUCUGACCAAUCGGACGUCUCGCAGGAGAUCUGGGAGACCUUUGUCCACUCAAGGAAGUCCUGCCGGUGGCAGCUUAUCUGAAAUUACCUCACACUUGAACCUCCCCACUGAAAACACCAAGGUCAGUGACUCAUUUAAAGAAAAGAACAUCAGCAGAAAAGACUGGAACUCAGCAGCGGAGCUUACUCACAAAUCCUCCGAAAAUAAAAUGGACUCUACGGAUGAGGUCGAGAAAGUAAGGGCAGACGAUGCCUGUGGGCAAGAAGAGAUAGAAGAGACAAACACUGAGGAAUCCACAGGAUUUAAACGCCCGAACAAAACCUCUUCCCCAAGUAGACAUGUCUCAGUCACAAAUGAGGAUGACAAGGAGGAUUUUCAAGACAACACAAAGGAGGAGGCUGAAAAGUUGCGUGAAGCAUCAAAAAAGGUCUUGCGCUUUCAGAACAGCCGUGGCAGUGUCUCAUCUGGGGAAUAUUCUCUGGAAAACCAGAAAUCUCCUGGUGGGAGAACCCUUCUGUCUCGCCAGCGCACCUUUGAUGAAGAAAUAGACAGGUACCCUGAAGACCAGACCAAUAAAGACCUGCUGCGAUUUCUGAUCGAUCCUUCCCCCAACUCCAAACAUAACCUCAGCCGUCGCCAUACCAUGCCCUCUAAAGUCUACAAAACUGAGGAAGAAGAAGACGACCUCUGGGAUCCUGCUCCCAUUAGAACUCCUAAUUCUGUUGCAAAAGAAAAGGGAGCAGCACCAGCAGAGGGGGACGAGGACAAAACUUCAAAACAAGUGUUUGUUUUUUCUGAAGCGUCUCACAACAUUCAACCAUCUGCUGAUGAAAAUCAUGUUUCUCCAUCAGCAGAGAAGAAGAGGAACAAGUCAGUGGAAACUCCAGGAAACCCCCAUCAUAAGAGUAGUGAAACUACUGCCCCCAGGAAUACAUGGAAUAAAACGGAAACAACUGGAUUUUUUUUCAGCUUCAUCAAACGUCUUGGUGACAUUGGCAAGUCUCAGAGUAGUAAAGACGGUCUUCAAAAACACAAAGGUUCUGAUGUGUAAGCUGUUACCAUCAGAGGGUUGACAGAAUAACAAAUGGUAAUAUAAGACACCACUGUAUAUUCUCCUUCAGUACUGGGAAUAUUUUAUGACAAAUGCUCAGAGUAAAAAUCCAGAUUCAUUUUAUUUAAUUUGUUUAUUGCUGGAACAGAAAGACAAAACACAGCAGGUAGAAAUAUGUGUUUCACCUGUGUGCAUUUAUGACUAAUCAAAAUGAAUAAAUUAUUAUUCAUAUGGAAAAAUGUAUUUAAAAAAAUCAAUAGUAAUAAGUAGCAGUACUCCAAUUCUACCACAAAUAUGUAGUGAAUCCAGUAUGUACAUUUUAUUUUAAUCUUUACUGUGCACUUGCAUAACAAAAUGCUCCGUUCAAAACUCCAAAUAACUAUUAAAAAACCCACAAAAUCGUAUUCAAUUCCCCAGUAAAUUCCCUUCCUUCUCAGGUUUUGAUCAAUGUCAGAAAACAUUAUCUGCUUUAAAAAAAUAUUUCUGUCCUUGACUGCACACAAAACUGUGCAUGUGGGCUUUGCACUUUCCUCAUGGUCGUGAUGACGUGUACAACAAAGGGUUGAAGAAAGAGAAACCGAGGUUUGAAGAAACCUUUGGCCACCUUCUGCUCAGAAAAGGUUAGGGUAUGUUGAACCACUAGAUGGCGGUACGAAACAGAAAACUGGCGUAGGCAUUAACGAUAUUUUCAAUUACAUUUGAGAAUCAUUUAUGGUGUGUGCGUGCACAUGUAAAUAAGUGGGAAAAAAAGUUUUGUGGCCCAUUAUUUUGCUAUGUAGAGAUUAACAUGUUUUUAUAUUUUAUAUUGACGUUGACAUUUCACAUUUUACAGGAGAGCGAUCAAAAUAACAUUUUUGUUUUGUUAUUUUGGACAUUUGUAAAUAUAACAUUGUUGAAGCUCGACUAAAUGUUUUAAACUCUGUUUCUCUUCUUUUCUUUGUUUGGUUUUGUCUCCUCUUGCCGUUGUUUGUACACUUGUACAUCAACAAUGCAGAGGGAGCAGGCGUGCAUACUUUCAGGGUCUUUGUCAGUUCAGCCAUCGUUCCAGCUCUAACCUAGUGAGUGGUGCUGAGGUGGAGCGUGUUUAAACCGUGGGCAGUUUUAUGCAGAGUCAAAAUAUCCAUGUUUGUUUAAAACAGCAUUCUGUCUGUAUUCACCUCUACAGGAUACAUGAUGAUGAUGAUGAUUAACCUUCAAGAGCAAGGAUGUCAACAAAUCUGACUGAAGUUCAAAAAUAAUGUUUUUGCAGCUGAGAUGAUCUAAAUGCUUCGUAUAUUUAUUAAAUACAAUGUUUACAAGUAUUAUAUUUAGUAUUGUUAGGUGUUAAAACACCAUUACACCGUCACUGCUCACUGACAGCAUGUAUCUAUAUCCAAUUUACAAAACAAACAUAAAUACAAUAAAAUAAACCACAUAAAUAGAAUGUGUGGCUAUCCAAAAAUGUUGUUUGCUAAUAUAUUUAUUCUAUUCUAGUGGUGAUAGGAAAUGUGUCUUUCAAUUAAAUCACAACAAUUAUACAUUUUUGUAUUAAUAUUAUUUAUUAUAUAAUUGUUUGUUUAUGAUUUUGUCAUGUAAACGCCUCUUGCUAACUUUCUGACUGUUCCACAGAAAAAAGGUGAUGCUUUUGAUGUGAUCCUGAUAUAGGACUGGACAAACUAGCAGUCACAGAAAAAGUUCCACAGAAACCAGGUUCUCUGUACGACUUUUCAGUCCCAAACUGUUCCAACAUCACAUUUCAAAUGGAUUAAAAUGGCAUUUUCUAUAAAA